AUUUCCCCUUUCGCUCGGUUGUCUGAUUGCAGGUCUCCGCUGGCUCGCGCCCCCUCCCCGGGCGCCCCCGCCGCCCCCUCCCUCGGCCUGACCCUCCCCGGCGUCCCCCCGGCUCCCCCCGCACUCCACCCCACCCCCCGGAGUCGUUUUAUCAGGGGCGCCGCCGUCUCACCUGGUAUUUGCAUCUCGCCCUCCAACUUGCCAUUGGCGGCGCGACGUGUGGGAGAGCCCUGCGCCUCGCCCGCCCGGACCAGCCUGCCCCGGCGCCGAGGUCGCUCCUGCGCUUGGCCCAGCCCAGCAUGCAGCCUUGAACCUGGCUUAGGCCACCACCUACUCCAGCUCUCUACAACCCCUAUUUUACCGUGGCUCGUGGUGUGGGCUCUAGGCUCCAAGGUACAGCAUCUCUUCAUUUAGGAAACCCCACGCCUCCAGAGGGCCCUGCGGAUCCUGCAGUCAGCUCUCUGAGAAGACAGCAUGGCUAUUACUCUGCAGCCCAGUGACCUGAUCUUUGAGUUUGCAAGCAACGGAAUGGAUGACAUCCACCAGCUGGAAGACCCCUCAGUGUUCCCAGCUGUGAUCGUGGAGCAGGUCCCCUACCCCGAAUUACUGCAUCUGUACUCAGGCCUGGAGCUGGACGACGUUCACAAUGGCAUCAUAACAGACGGGACCUUGUGCAUGACUCAGGAUCAGAUCCUGGAGGGUAGUUUUUUGCUGGCAGAUGACAAUGAAGCAACCUCGCAAACCAUGUCAACCACUGAAGUCUUGCUGAACGUCGAGUCUCCCAAUGACAUCCUGGAUGAGAAGCAGAUCUUCAGCACCUCCGAAGUGCUUCCAGACCCGGACCCUGCUCCAGCCGUCACUCUGCCCAGCUACCUGUUUCCUGUCUCUGAGCCCGACGCCCUGAACAGGGCUGGUGACACUGGUGGCCGGGAGGAGUGCUGUCUGGAGGAGAAGGUCCCCAGAGAAGAAAGUACCAAGAAGACUGGAAAAUCAAAGAAGAGACUCCGGAAGACCAAGGGCAACCGCAGUACCUCACCCGUCACUGACCCCAGCAUCCCCAUUCGGAAGAAAUCGAAGGAUGGCAAAGGCAGCACCAUCUACCUGUGGGAGUUCCUCCUCGCACUUCUGCAAGACCGGAACACCUGCCCCAAGUACAUCAAGUGGACCCAGCGAGAGAAAGGCAUCUUCAAGCUGGUGGAUUCCAAAGCGGUGUCCAAGCUGUGGGGGAAGCAGAAGAACAAGCCUGACAUGAACUAUGAGACGAUGGGACGGGCACUAAGAUAUUACUACCAAAGAGGCAUCCUUGCCAAAGUGGAAGGGCAGAGGCUGGUGUACCAGUUUAAGGAGAUGCCCAAGGACCUGGUGGUGAUUGAAGACGAGGAUGAGAGAAGUGAAGUCCCAGCCACAUCCCCUCAGGCCUCCACUCCCUCCACCUCGUCCAGCAGCACCACCCGGCGAGCCAGCUCCAGGGUAUCAUCCAGAGCUGCCCCGCAUGGCAAGGGCGCCACUUCCUGGGAAAAGCCAAAGGUUCAGCACGUUGGUCUACAGCCAUCUGCGAGUCUGGAAUCGGGACUGUCUCUAGACGAGGAGAUCCCCACUACCUCCACGGUGCUUGUCUCUCCACCAGAGAGCCAGGCCAAACGCACCAAAGCUGUGAGUACUUCUUCAGUGCCCAGCAACAUCCACCUAGGAGUGGCCCCUGUCGGGUCAGGCUCGGCCUUGACCCUGCAGACCAUCCCGCUGACCACAGUGCUGACCAACGGGCCUCCUGCCAGUACUACUGCUUCAACCCAGCUCGUUCUCCAGAGUGUUCCGCCUGCUUCGACCUUCAAGGACACCUUCACUUUGCAGGCCUCCUUCCCCCUGAACACCAGUUUCCAAGAGAACCAGGUGGCAGCACCAGGGGCUCCGCUGAUUCUCAGUAGCCUCCCCCAAAUUCUGGCUGGGGGCAACUGUCCGACCAAUCCAGCACCACCCUCGGUCACAGGGGCUGGCCCAGCAGGGCCCAGCUCUCAGCCCCCCGGGACUGUGAUUGCGGCCUUCAUCAGGACUUCUGGUGCCACAGCAGCCCCUGGGGUCAAGGAGGGGCCUCUGAGGCCCUCCUCCUAUGUACAGGGCAUGAUGACUGGGGCCCCCAUGGAGGGGCUGCUGGUUCCUGAAGAGACCCUGAGGGAGCUCCUGAGGGAUCAGGCUCACCUUCAGCCACUUCCAACCCAGGUAGUUGCAAGGGGUUCCCACAAUCCGAGCCUUCUGGGAAACCAGACUUUCUCUCCUCCCAGCCGCCCCACUGUUGGGCUGACCCCGGUGGCUGAACUUGAGCUCUCCUCGGGCUCAGGGUCCCUGUUUACGGCUGAGCCUAGUGUGACCACAUCUGGGAGCCUACUGACCAGAUCCCCAACCCCAGCCCCCUUCUCCCCAUUCAACCCCACUUCCCUCAUUAAGAUGGAGCCCCAUGACAUAUAAACGGAGGGCUUGGGGGGAAGUGUGACCCACCAGGCAAAGUGGAGCAGCAUUUGUAUAUGGACUUCCUCUAAGAGAGCCUGACUGAAGGAGUGCACCUGCCCUUAUAUUUCAGUGGGGGGUCAGUACACCACACCCCCGUGCCCCACCCCUGCCCGGCGUCACCAUGGCCAAGACAGGCCCAGUCGGAGCAUCCCUGGUGUCAGACCACAGCUUUCAAGAGCACUAGGGGCUAUGUUCUUGUCGGGGUAAUAGGCUGACUUGGUGACGGAGGGCAGACCUCCUGAGACGUCUGAAGCCCGGGCUGGGGUAGGGGCUUCGUGAGAAGAGUCUUUUUGCCUGACUGUAUUUCACCAUCUUCUUUCCCUCCACAGAGUACUUACUAUCCCGUACGUGAAUAUCUCUGUAUGUAUUUGUGUGUACUCGUGGGUCUGUAUCUCCAUUUCUUUGGUGAGGACGGGGGUGUAGCUGUGAGGUCUUCAAGGGUGUGUGUCUCUGUGGGUCAGCCACAGAGAUGGGGAAUUUUCUGUUUUAAGGGAAAGCCUUCUCCGGUUCCCUUUGUACAAACCAAGAUUCGGUUGUUCUGAGCCUAUGGGGUACAGGUUGGAGCCCCCACAUCUGGAGAGAUGUCACAGAGCUGGAGCAGGUCCAGGGGAAGAGACCUUCGAUGAGCAUGUGUGUUGGGGAAGACGCUUUCUUCCUGGGGUCAGCCUCUUUGCCCACCAGUCAUUAGCCAGCAGGCCGGAAACAUCAGCUCCCCAGAGCACUUCGCUGAAGUGCCCCUCCAGGGGCAGACCCAGCCACAAUGUCCCCGGGGGGAGGGGGGCUAAAUUAGCUGGAUGUUUGCGCCAAGGGCUCGGGCUGUAAUACCAGCCUCCACGGGCGCCCUGCCCUGCACCCCGAAUCCUGGCUUCCCUCUUGAUUAAUUUUGCCCCUGCCGCUUCCCUGCUGGCAGGCGGGGCCGGGGACAGUCGGAUAAUCCAGUAGCGGUGUGCUUUGGGCCCACCUCUGUCCCCGCUCGUGCCUACUUGCUGCUCAGCCUACUUUCUACUCCCCUCACAGGUCGGUCCACCCAGCCACUUCCGCGACCGCUGCAGCAGACCACCUCCAGUGGGCCGCGGCCCCUGACCUCCAGCUUUCUCACCUCACCCUGAUUCCUCCUCCACGAAGACGGGAGCCAGCAGCUGUGAGCUCCCUGUUCCUCCUGUCUCUCCAUGUGCCUUCCUUCCAUCUUUCCUCUUUCUGAGAAGGGGUCAGCCAAUUUUCUCUUGAAGUCAACCCCUCGGCCUGGGGCCUCCAUCCCGUCCCCUGUCUCUUCUGUGAAUUCGCUUUCCUCUCUCCGCCACGUUUCAGAGCCUGCCUAAGAGCACUAAUAUGUCAGCCUUGGAAACAGUGAUAUUAUCUGGUGAAUUUGGUUAAUGUGAAUCAGUGCCUCAGGACCUUUGCUAUGUCCCUGGCACAAAACCAGCCACGUGACCUAACUACCUCCCCUGGUUGCCCUUCUCUCUCCUUCUGGUCACUGCCAAGCCCAUUAUCGUCCUCUUGUUCUCCCUCUUCUCCCCCCAGGAGGGAAGCAUACAUGGUUGUGCAGGUGUAUUUCUCACACGUCUCCAGCGCUUGGCGUUAACGUGAUUUUUUUCUAAUAAAAUCAGUUUAUUAUGACCAUUUCCUGGUGGCGGAAAGUAAAGCAUCUUGAAGAGGGUCACCUUUAAAAGUAAUUUUGGCACAAAGGUGCCACGUGGGUUGAGACUGGCCCUGCCCCCCUCACCCCAACCCCAUAGAACUCAUCAUACGAAGGUCUUCUUCGCACUUCUUGGCCCCUGUGAGCCCUCACAGCACAUGACACUACUUCCCGUCCCCUUCGGCACUAGCUGGGCUCAUCCGAGUUCUCCGUCACCCUCUCUCUCUGUGCCCGUGCUGGCUCCACAUCUACCACUUUACCUGUGGGUGCCCCCAAGGGC